GGUAAGGUACUUAUAAUAAAUGAAAUUCAACUUUUUUUCUUUUCUUUUCUUUUUUUUCAGGCAGUGCUGAAGACAGCUCUCUUCCGCUACGGGGCUUUUCCUGUUCGCUGUCGCAUGUUAUGAUUUCAUCCGUACACGCGGGAGUCAGCCGUUUAUACAGGAUAAAGAUCAUUGAUGUUGCCGUGCUGAUGUCCCGCCCUCCUCCAGACCCACUGUACAUCCUUAGGGGUUCAGGGGCUCCAGUGAACACCCUUCACUUCUGCUGUGGUGGGGAUGGACCACCAUUUCUCUACUCUGGGUCAGGUAAAGGUGCGAUCCAUGUCUGGAACCUGACCACCAGGAGAGCAGAACAUGUUUUAGAGAGCCAUGCUGGGAACUCUGUUAUCUGGCUUCACACCUUCAAAGACAGCAGCAGCAGCCUCAUCAGUCAGGGUCGGGACAUGCGGGUGUGCGUGUGGGAUCUGUCUGAAGACCGCAGCACAGUGACGGACUCUCUCCUCACGGGCAGUGUGGGGUUCUGUCAGUGCUCUCUGUUGGAGUCCCGGCCCGGGUCCGCUCUACUGGCCCACCCCACAGAACACAUGGAGGAGGUGAGCGUGGUGGAGAUGAGGAGCUGGACUCCGGUGUGCACUCUGAAACCUGAUUCAAAGCUGGGGAUGCUCAUGUGUAUGAAGAUGUGGCAGGCGGAUUCUGGUCCUGUUCUGUGUGCUGGGUAUGAGGACGGCUCUCUGGUGUUAUGGGAUGUUUCCCAUCGCCGUCCGUUCAGCUGUCUGAAGGCGCAUCCUGAGCCAGUCAUGUGUCUAGAUGUUGAUGUAUGCAGGCAGAAAGGCAUUUCUGGGUCUUCAGAGAAGAUUCUCCAAUCCUGGACAUUUGACAAGCAGCAAAACCUUCAGAUGAAUGCGGCCGGAAACGAUGGAAAAACAUACAGAGAGCGUCAGCUUUCAUUUGUUCUCUGACAGCCGCAAGACCACGCCAAACGCUGUGAGUGCAGGUUAGAAAUCAGGAAUGGUGAGAGAACAUUGUGCUUGGUACAUUUUUUAUCUUCAAACCAAACGUAGGUCGUCUCCAGUCGACAAAGUUUAAAUCCUGUCUGUCUAGUGCCCUUACCAUAAUGUUUACGAUUUAGAUCAGUAGGUGGAGAGUAGGUGGUCUUUUGUGGCUGUUCGCAUUUGACCACAUGAGCGACUCCACCACAAAAGCAACCCGGUCGAAUGCGUUUUCGACUAACUCUGGAAGUGGUCGAAAGUGAACAAGCUCAAAACAUUUUAGACACUGUUUACACCUGUAUUUAGCGUCGUCCACUUGAGAUCCGUUCGACCAAAAUGCAUCUUAAUACCAGGUGUAAACAGGGCCAAAAUGUACAGUGUAGUUUGCUACACCUCUGAAUCAACUUUCCUUUUUUGUCUGAUUUCACCAAGGUCUUGUGGACUAUUGGUUAAUGUUUAAAUAGGAUACUGUUUUAGGAUACUGUUGUAAGUAAUACAGCCUUUCUAAAACCAAACUUACCCGUAGUUAAUCCAAUUAUGUAGUUCUACUUAUUUUAAUAAAGGACAGCAAUAAUCACAUAUUGAUUUAAAUUUGAAAAAGAAGCGUUACCAUUGGGAUUUGUCAAGAUGCUCUCAAAGGUGAACUUGACCUUCAGCCUCAAAGUUCGGUCAAAAAGCCUCAUCAAAAUUUCGAUGCCAUCAAUAUUUUAACAAGAUAUUUUUGUCCUUCCCUUUGACUCCCCUUUUUCUGCUACAGGACAUCCACUUUUCCAUGUUCUUUUUUUUUUUUUUUGUAAAUAUUAUGUUUCACUUUAAUAUCAAAUUAAUUCAGUUUUGUCAUUUCUUUGUCUUUUGUAGACAAGAAACAAGGAUGCCAACAGUUUAACCCAUUUAGUGUUAGCUAUUUUUGGCCAAAGUAAUAUUAGUUACUAGAGAUGUUUUUAUUAUUGUCCAUCAGUUAUUAGUAAACUGCAGUUAUAUUCUCACCCUCUAUCCAAAUAGUAACUGGUUGUUCAGUUCAGUUCUCUACAAAGAUUGAAUUAAAAUUCAGCUGUCACUCCUGUAAAUAAUCAAACACUGUGUGUGCAGAACGAUUUAAGGCUGGAAUACACUACAUGACUUUUAGGGUGUGUUCACACUUGGCAUGUUUGAUUAGAUUAAAACGAACCCUUGUGCGAUUGCUCUGUUAGUGCGGUUCAUUUGAAUAAGUGUGAAUGCUGCCUUUCGAAUCCUGGUGCGCACCCAACAAGUGGACCGAGAAACAAUGGGUCUCUGUCCGCUUCCAAAACUAACUCUGGUGCAGUUCGAAUGAAAUAUGAAUGCAACAUGGACCAAAGACAUGUACACGAACCAAAAACAGGACAUGAUGUCACAAGAUGCGACCCUAACAAGGACAGAAUGCUCAAGCAUACCUGUUUUUCUCAUCAUAGUCGCAAAGUUGCUCAUUACAGUUCUCCUUGAAGCAGAUUUUUGUUUAUGUGUGUGACGGAGGGAUUCCUGCCGCUGUUUUGACUCCUUUACACUUUCUAUACGCUCUUCACAAGUUCUCAGCUGGUCAAAAUACCAUGUAGCAUUUAGUGCAUUUAGCUCAUUGUUUUGGAUGUUAGGUAAGUUCCGUAACGAAAUAUACGUCAUAAAAGCCGACCAAUCAGGUUUGUUAUCUUUAGGUUCAGGGUUAAAAAUGCCAAUGUGAACGCUAAGCGAACCAGGACUAAAUGUUUUUUUUUUUUUUUUUGUCCUGACCAAACAAACCAAACGAACCAAACUACAAGUGUGAACACACCCUUAAAGUCUGCACAGAUUUUAAAACACUUGACAUCAUACAGUUGCCAACUUUGUAAAUUGUUCCAAAGAAAAACGGCAUCAUACACUAAAUGACUGAGGAUCAUAAGCCGCUUUUCCACCGUUGGGACAAAUGGUUCUAAAAACGGUAAGGAACGGUUCCAGUUAUAUUUCCAUUUGAACUUGGUUCGACACUGCAAAAUUACAAACCAUUCUCGGCCCGGAAAUCUCAGCAUGGUUGGCUAAAUCUGUCAACUCCGACUGCCCAAAAUCUGCAGAUUGGUGCAGACUUUCAACAACUAUUGUUAACUCGUCCAGACUGCAAAUCGGGGCAAAAAUCUGAACAAGAGUCGUGUAGUGUAUUCCAGCCUUUAGGCAUUUAGUAGUAAAGUAACAGUAUUGAGGAGUGUUUUAGCAGUGGUGUGUACGUGGCCAUGCAGACACACACCACCUGAUACACUUGGAAAGUAUUUGGCUAGAAUUUAAAGUUUCCUCAGGUCUGUUGUAUAAUAAAUCAGUCUCUUUUACUUUAGAUUGGCAACUCUCAGCUACAAUGUGAUGUCAUACUGUAGUUCUAGGCCAGAUUUUGCCUCUAGACAAAAACAUCUCUUCUCCCACAAUACUGUGCGCAUACAAACGCUUUUAUAUUUAUAUUUAUACAGCAUUCUUAAAAAAUGAGCAC